UCUCCCUUCGUCCACCUGUACUCACCGCUCAUCUCUCUCCUUCUCUUCUCCAUCCGUUCUCCUCGUCCUUCCUUCCUUCUUCUCAGAAAUGGAAUUGGCUCUAGUAAUCGUGCGCACUCAUUAAAUAGUGCCGAGCAACUCUAUCUACCGAAUGUUAGUGGAUUUAAAAUGCGUGGCACGGUGUUAAAGCUCAGGAGUCAAUUUAUUGACUCAAGCUCGGCUGAAGAUGAAGAACCUGCUAACAAUGGUUCUCUUUAUGGUGAGCAAGGCGAUCUUUCAAAUUGUGUUAGUUUCAUAAAUGCCAAGAAACAACCAGAAGAUAUGAACAAAAAUAUCUUCAUAUCAAACCUAGACCUUCAUGAAUCAUCUGUGUCAAAAUUUGAAUCUCUUAACAUACCCAGUGUUGGCACAACCUACCAGCGUCAGACAUUUGACUGGAAUGACACAUCAAUGUGGAAAGCAAUGUCAAAGCAUCCUAUGUUUCCUAAAUAUAUGGAGCUUCAGUCUCAACUCAACAGUUUGUUUGAGGAAAUUCGCAUGGAUUGCAAACGAGCGGCAUGUGAGAAGGCGUUCUCUUCUCUGGUGAAGAAUACUGCAGACUCUCCGAUUGUUGCUACCCCUUGUGUAGUAGUUCCAGUUCCUGUUUCAAAUACUGUACCUUCGGAAGUGCCUUGCAAAAGGAGGGGAAGGCCUCCUUUGAAGAAGAAGCCAGGCAGGCCAAGGAAAGAUGCCUCUGCUGCUGCAACACCGGAUCCUGAUUGGAACAAUAGCUCGUCUACAUCAAUAAUCAAGCACACAAGGAGAUGUCGAGAGGACUUGUUCCUAGCUCGAAAACCAAGUUGGAUAUGUCAAAAUUGUGCAAGGCGGUUUUCUAGUGCAGGAUGGCUUGAAAGACAUCAAUCAUUUUGUUCAUUUUCAAAGUUGACUCAGGAUGACAGCCAAGAGAUAGACCAGGAUAUUUCUCAGACCACUAAUGGAGAUGUCGCUUCUGAAGAUGAAAUGGACAGGUCCUCUGAUGCCAGUUUCGUGCUGUCUCCCAAAUCAGAAACUAAAAUCAGAAUAGAACGAAAAAGCUCAUCUUCAGUGCUACUCCAAACUUUCAGCAGUUCUAAUAGUCCUCUUCAACCAAAAAUGGAAAACCAUAAUUGUGCUGAUGAUGAUGAAAGCACUAAGAAGCCUUCUUAUGAUGAGGACCCUUUUUGUGGCUUAGAAAGUUCAGUUUUGUCAUGUGAAAAUUGUAAAGAACAAUUCCCUUCACAAUCUCAUCUUCAGAGACAUUGGGAGGAUCACACAGAAUGCAAAUCACAUACGUCUUCGGAAAGCAAUGGCAAAGAUUCAGGGGAUUGCUCAUCAGAUUCUAGUGUUUCAUCGUGCAAACAUUGCGGAAAGACAUUUAGAAAGAACAGACUUUUGAAACGCCACCAAAGCAUGUGCCAUAUAGGCUCUAAGAAGAAACUUUGGCAGUGUACCAAGUGUUUUAAAGCCUUCAGGAGACAGUUACACUUUGAAGAUCACCAGAAAGAUUGUUCUAAAGGUAAACAUAUUACAAGAGAAAUUCAAAGAUGUGAAAAUUGCUCGCUACUUUUUCCUACUCAGAAAAAGCUUUUGAAACAUCAAGCCAUAUGUUGUCCAGACAGCAAUAACCAUAUGAUAAAGCUGUUGAAAUGUUUGAAAUGUUCGCUGAUGUUUCCCAGUUACAAGAAACAGCUGAAACACAGAGCUGUAUGCUGCCCAGACAGUGAUACUGAUGCUAAGGUUUGUCACUUAUGUUCGAAGGUGUUCAUCAUGCAUGAUAGAAUGGCGGCUCAUAAAAAGAAAUGUUUCAAAGUUGCCAAAAACUUGUCAUAAUGUUUUCAACUGUUUUCAAGGUCCUUCCAUUGUUUUCUGGUAGAAAACCUUACUAGCAAUGUUUCUGCAAAUGCCAAUGUUAUGAGACUUAUUGUUUUGUUUGAAUCUUUUUUUAUAUACUUUUUUCAGUGUCAAAGUUUCUACAAUUAAUGUACCUGUGCAGCAUUACUUGCUUUAAAUAUUUUUGUAUCACAUAGUUUUCAUUAACAUGGUUCAUAAGAUUUUGUUUUUCUGCUAUCCAUAUCUUCAAUCUAUUACCUACUUUAUUUAAGCUUAUUAAAUUAAGUGAUUGCAUGUGGUAAGCACAAAUGAUCUCAAUACCACAUUAGACUGCAGACCUCCUAUAUUAUGUGAAAAAAAUCAUAUGGAAGAGGAUUAUGACCUUAAUUGUUACUGUGCUCUUUGUAUCUUUAUCACUGUGCAGGUUAGUUAUGCCUUUUCUAACUUGUUUUUGAUUCCUAUGUUGUACCUUUAGUUUAGCAGAUGCUCCUUGAUCAGUAUUGUGAAUGUAUAUUGUAGAUGUCACUUAAUAUUUGUUUUGAGCUCAUUUGUCAUGUUAGUGUCUGGAACUUAAGUACUAUUUGUGAAACCAGUUUCUGCCAAUUGGCCUGUCUAGUUGCAUCUAUUAGCUAUAUUGUAUUGUUUUGGACCAGGAAAGUUACAAUCUUGAAACUUUCCAUCAAGUAGGUGAAUUAUUAGAGAUAUCUAUUAGACCUUCGUUGACCAGAUGUUUAAUCAUAUCUCAUGUAUCCAAAACUGUCUAAAUGUUGUUUUCUCUUGAUGUUCUAUGUUUUUGAUUUGAUUGGAUAUGGUUCAUGUUGUUGAAGUUCGAUUGCUAAUCGAAGCGAUUUGGAAAUGUUGGAUGAUCGGUAUAUGUUACUUUUCUUGUUUUUUGACUAGUAGUUUAUACAUACAGUUAACUGUAAGUACAGAAUUUAAAACAUAUGUGUUUUAUUAUUACUAUAGUUUUAAUUGUUAGAUGUAUAGCUUGUAAAGACAUUCUACUUUUUACAAUAUAAUUUUGUUACUUAAUUGCAAGUAUUUUUACCUAAAGGUGUACUUUAGCAGUGUACUGUUUGGAUUGAUGAAACCAAAACAGUAUGAAAGAAAGAGGGGGAAUCUCUUCAAACAUGUUUUGUUGGUGCCAAAUGAUGUGAGGAUUAGUUAUGUUCCUGCUAUCUAAUACUGUACAGUGAAAUAAAUCACUGAAAUAUC